AUGUGUUUUGGAGCUCGUGAAAAAGGCGACGAGGCCGGCGCGGCCAGGUCGCGUGAGUUGGACAAGAUUAUUCGUGCCGAUGAGAAGAAGAUGUCAAAGGAGGUGAAGCUGCUGUUGUUAGGAGCGGGCGAAUCCGGCAAAUCCACGGUGCUCAAGCAGAUGAAGUUGAUCUACGCGCAGGGGUUCAGCAAAAGCGAAAAGCUGGAGUGGAAGCCAGUAGUAUUCCAGAAUAUCGUCCAUUCCUUUCGAUUAAUCUUCGACGCCAUGAACGAGCUUAACAUCCCAUUUGAGAACCCAGAUAACGAGAAAAACAUGGCGCACAUUAUGGUGGACUACGAUGUGGUUGCGGAUGAGCCACUGCCAGAAGACUACUUGGAGCCCAUCAAAAGCUUAUGGCAAGACCAGGGCGUGAAGAGUGCCAUCGCGAAGGGCAACGAAUAUGCCUUGCAUGACAACCUUGACUACUUCUGCGGCGAUUUGGAUCGUGUUUGGGCCAAAGACUACGUACCAACUGAUCAGGAUUUGUUGCGCUCAAGGUUAAGGACAACGGGCAUCACUGAGACGAUCUUCGACCUCGGUCAACUCACAUAUCGCAUGUUCGACGUCGGCGGCCAAAGAUCAGAACGCAAGAAGUGGAUUCACUGCUUCGAAAACGUCAACUGCCUGCUGUUUUUGGUAGCCAUUUCAGGUUACGACCAAUGUCUGGUGGAAGACAAGGACGGUAACCAAAUGAACGAAGCCCUGAUGCUGUGGGAGUCCAUCGCCAACUCUCACUGGUUCAGCAAGUCUGCGCUGAUCCUCUUCCUGAACAAGAUGGAUCUCUUCAAAGAGAAGCUGGCCAAGAGCCCGAUAACAGAUCACGGCUUCACCGACUACCACGGCCCACCGGACGACCCGAACCUGGCCAGCAAGUACUUCAUGGACAAGUUCCGGGCGCUGAACCGGAACCCAGAGAAGGAGAUUUACGGACAUUUCACCAACGCGACCGACACCAACUUGCUCAAGAUCACCAUGGGUUCCGUGCAGGAUAUGAUUAUCCAACGGAACUUGAAGCAGCUUAUACUGUAA